UUGAUAAUUUGGCAUUUACAUUAACAUUCAAAAGUACUUUUUAGCAUUAUGACUCUAUUCUUUUAGAUCUCAACAGUUUCAAGUAUUUUUAACUAUUUACAUUUCCUUUCAAGUGUUUCCAAAUUUUUUUAUAACUCAUAGUUUUUUCUAUUUCUUUCUAGUUCAUUUUGACUCUUUCCAGUUUCAUCUUAAUGAUGAAGAGUACCAAAAGGCGAUUGAGUGCGUCAGUCGAUGAUUUUUAUUUCUUGACAAAUUAACAUGUACAAGACAUUAGCGGGUUGGUGUUGUAUAUUGGAUCGAGAGAUGAAUAUUCAUUCAAUUGGCCCAAUAUUCAUAUCCAAGUUGAAGCCUAUGAGACUAAGUCCAGUCCCGUGGUAUAUUAAUAUAACCUCGUCCUCAAACCCGGAUCUUCUCCUUCUUCUACGAUUCGACGCCGCUUCCAGCUCUCUUCUUCUCCGAUCAAGCCGAGCAGCAACGCAAAUCUGCAAACUCGACGGCGGCGGUUCUCCUGGCAGCUUCGACGACUUUAGAUAGCGGCGACGGGAGAGGGCGACAACGCGAGGCCAAUCGACGUUGAUCGGUUAGUGGCAGGCUACCCUCCGUUCUCGCGAAUAGCUCCCAACAGCGACGACCGGCGACUCCCUCCGGCGAUGAGUCCAGCAGCGACGACGACGAAUUCCGCCGGCGACCCCCUGUCCAGCGACGCCUGUUCCGACAAAGCACAGCGGUAGACCGGCGAUGGUGCCUGGGCAGUGACUCCGGCGAACCAGCGACAAUUUAGUGACCCCCUUAGUUCCGACGAUGAUCGGGCAGCAAGUCGGUCCAGCUAGAACGGGCAGUUUCGACAGUCAAUUUGGGUGACCGGCUCCGGGUGACGUUCCCUGGUAUUGAAUCGAACUAACGAGGUAAUAACGAGCUAAUCCUGGAGGGCACAGAGACGGAGGAGAUGUACGGAUGCAGUACUCGAACCGUUAAAAGAUAUGAUGGUUGUACUAUAACUUGUUUUCUGAUAAUGAUCUAUUAAAUAUGUUUAUUUAAAAUAACAGUUUUGCUUCUGCGCUGUUUUGAAUUAACUCCGAUAAACGUUUAAGUUCUAA